AUGGAGUUCUUCUAUGAAGAGCAAGCUACCAGCAAUGGACCAGAGUCGUCCAAAAAUCACGACGACAAGACCGACGAGGCUUUUCGCCUUUUGGAAAGCGAGAUAGAUGCUGGUUAUAACCGUACUACUACAGUGUUACGGAAAUUCAUGGAUGAUUCGAAAGACAUUGAGUUGAAAUUGCCAAUUGAUGAGGAACUAUCGAAUAAAACUCAGGAAGUGCUCGGGAAAUUGGAUACAAAGCUGCAGGGAGUCGAAAAUAUGGCUCAAAGUUAUUGGAAAAGAGUUUCAUCGGGUCCGUUUUGGUCGUCGUUGACCCAGCAAGCAGAUAAAUUGAACGAUAUUUCCGCUAAAGAUUCGGAAGGUGGGAAUGUCACACUGAAAUCAGCUACUUUAGCGGCAAAUCGAACUGAGGCUGAACUUAAAUCGCUGUCUGUUGAUGCAAGCAUUUACCUCGAAGGAAAUGUCAAAGUGCCAGAAUCUUGGAAUCCUGACGAGAAAACUAGCGAAAUAGCGGCGUUGCUAGAGAAAGAAGAUGAACUGAGGGCUCUUAUGAAUAGGAUUGUACCGGAGAAGAUAAGUUAUCGCGACUUCUGGGGUAUUUACAUGUUGAGGCGUAACCAAAUCCUAAAUACGGAAAGAAAGAGGAAAGAGAUUCUUAAUCAUAGCACUUCAGAAGUUCAAGAAGUUGAUUGGGACGAUGAGGACGAAACUGGUAAUGAUGACGAGACGCAGAACAAGCAGGCAAAGACAAAGAUGGAAGCUGCUGAGAAUGUUGCCGCCGAUGACGAUGCAGACGAAGAUGAUGACUGGGAAUAA